UGAGGGGCGUGUCUGGAGAGGGAAGCCGGCAGAAUGGAGAGGCUGGCGCUGCCGCCGCUUCCACCAAAACAAGCGGGCAGCAGCAACAGCGCGCCGGAGACCCAACGAGAUUCCUGCCUCUGCCUCCUCUCCACCUCCUCCUCCAGCCUGGCGCGCUCCGCGGCGCCACUUGAGCAGCGUGCCCGCCCUCUCGAGCAAAGGCCACCCACCGCCUCCACUCAAGCAGCCCGCCCAGUCAUGGGCUCCCCGCAGCGGCAGGAGGAGCAAAAGCCACCAGCGCUAAGCUCGGCUGCCGAGGCUCUCCAGGCGCGCGAUUUGGAGCGCUCUUCUUCCUCGGCUUCCUUCGCCCUCUCUGCGUCCUCGCUGCCGCCAGAUACCACGAUGCGCCCGCCCGAGUGGCAGGGGAUGCUCCGGAGGGCAGAAUGGUGGCUGGCGCAGGGCGGACAGCUCCCCGAAGCCCUCCAGCUCUGUCAGCUGGCCUCGGGCCACCCUCGGCAGCUGCGCGCGGAGCAAAUGGGCGAGCUGGUGGAUUGCAUGGCGCGCAGCAUCCGCAUGAAAAGUGGUUCGGCUAUAGCAGGGGCAGUGCCCGGCACGGCUCCGGAACGUGAAUGGGAGAUCUUCGGUUGCCGCAAAUGCCAAGGUUUCCUCUACGAGCCUGUCUCGUUGCUCUGCGGCCACACUUUUUGCAAAAAGUGCCUGGAGAAGGAAAGGAGCCAGGCGGCAACGGCGGCAGGAUGCAGUCUCUGUCCAGAGGGCAAGAGCGUUCCGCCCCGGCUCCGGAUAAAUGUUAUCCUCAGCAACCUGUUGGCCAAAUGUUUUCCUGGAAGAGUGAAGGCGUCGCGGCUUCGGCAUGAAGGGAAUCUCUUAUAUAAGGAGAAGAAAUUGCAGGCUGCCCUUCAAAAGUACAACGAAGCAGUCCGAUUAGCGCCCAAUGAUCAUUUGUUAUAUAGCAACCGGUCGCAGAUUAACUCAACUUUGAAAUGUUGUGAAGAAGCUUUGAACGAUGCAGAAAUGGCCUGUAGUCUCCAGCCAUUGUGGGUAAAGGGUCACUUACGGAAGGGACAAGCCCUUGUUAAACUUGGGAAAACAGAAGAAGCUUUAGAAGAGUUUUUAUUCUGCCUUGCCUUGGAUGCUGGGAACAAAACUGCCAGAUCAGAAGCUCAAAAAGCAAACAUGGACAAGGAAAUGCACUUUGCUCUCCAUGAGGAUCAGAAGGCAGCUGACCACAGUGGCUUGGAAAAGUCCAUCCCAGUGGCAGGGAGCAUGAAAGGAAGCUUGGUCAAGAGAAGGCAUGCCUCUUCAGCGACUGAGACAGCCAUCCUUUUAUCUGAGAAGUGCUGUCUUCUAAAGAGAAAACACUACUCUGAUGAGGCCCCAAACACUGACCCACCUAGGAAAAUUAUGAAAAGGGAUGCAAAUGAGGGGAAAGGAUCCGGUGCUGGGAAGAGUGCUCGGUUUGAAUUUGUGGAACCAUCAGAUAUGGAGUGCUCGUUGUGCAUGAGGCUCUUCUACGAACCUGUCACCACCCCUUGUGGACAUACCUUCUGCCUGAAAUGCCUUGAAAGGUGUUUGGAUCACAACCCCAAAUGCCCCCUAUGCAAAGAGGGUCUCUCAGAGUGUUUGGCAACGAGGAAACACUGUAAGACAGUGCUGAUGGAAGACAUAAUAGCAAAGUACCUUCCUGAGGAACUCAUAGAACGAAAGAAGCUUCAUGAAGAGGAAAUUGCUGAACUUUCCAACUUGAAUAACAACGUUCCCAUCUUCGUCUGCACGAUGGCCUACCCCACCGUCCCUUGCCCACUGCACAUCUUUGAACCAUGCUACCGACUGAUGAUCCGCAGAUGCAUGGAAACAGGCACCAAGCAGUUUGGGAUGUGCAUUGGGGACCCUGUCAAAGGAUUUGCAGAUUAUGGCUGUAUUCUGGAGAUAAGAAAUGUGGAGUUCUUUGCUGAUGGCCGAUCUGUGGUUGACAGUAUUGGCAAGAGGAGGUUCAAGGUCUUGCAGCAUGGCCAACGUGAUGGAUACAACACGGCAGACAUUGAGUACAUAGAAGAUCAGAUGGUUCAAGGAACAGAAAAUGCUGAGCUGAUUCUCCUUCACGAUUCUGUAUAUGACCAGGCCUACAAGUGGUUUGAUUCCCUCAAGACAGUGCUCAAGAGUCGUAUCCUCAGUCACUUUGGUCCAAUGCCUGCCAAGGAUUCAGAUCCACAGUGCAACCCCAAUGGCCCUGCCUGGUGCUGGUGGAUGCUGGCUGUCCUUCCUCUUGAGAGCAGAGCCCAGCUCCCGUUUCUUGCCAUGACAUCCCUGAAGGACCGUCUCUGCGGCAUCAGACGCGUUCUUGCCUUUAUGUCCUGCCCGAGACCACGAUGAUAAGCAGCGCAAGAGAUCCUGUGAAUCCUGUUGGAAUACUUGAGCGUCUCUCAGCUAAUGGUGGCUGUUUCCUUACACUGAUGACUACUUCUUCUUUUUCUCACCAUAAAAGUUUUAUUUAAUGUUUUUAGGAACACAGUUCCUCAUUUACUUCUAGCUUGAUUCUUGAGCUUUCUCUUCUGCUAUUACAUCUCAUUGUCUCAGCCCAUUGUGCAGAAGAGAGUGAUGGCAGGCAAGCAUUUGUAACACAAAUGAACAUACUGGCCACUUCAGGCUUUUCCAUUCUCAUUUCACCAGGUGAAGCAAGAACUGCAAUGUUAAGCUUCAUGGGUGGAAGAGCCCUUUAACUACUUGCAGUGAUGUGUUAACAGAGAAUUAUUUUUUGGAGCAAGAAAUGGCUCUAACUUGAGUUCAUCAACACAGCAAGAACUAUAGCUACUGUGCGGGGAGCAUGCAGCACGAUCCCAAGCACGUUCUACUCGGAAGUAAGUCCUGAAAAGCGUGGCAGGUCUUCACUUCCCUGUAACCACGCUAAAGGACUGCAGCCUUAAUGUUGUUGAGUUGGUUCUUCAGUUCAAAAAGAAUUACCAAUGUUUCCAUAAAUAUAUAGAUAUAUUUCUUCAUAUAUGCAUAAUGAAAGUGAACAAAACAGAUGUGAACUUUUUUUCUUUUCUUUUUUGCUAUAAACAAUUUUUUUAAAGGUUUGUCCUAAUUUUUAUUUUAUUUUAUUUGGGAAUAGAUGCAUUGAAAUAUUUCUGGUUUAAUGUGAAGCUGAAAUAACUAGCCAUCUCGCUGUUUUAUUUCAAGGCAUAUUCCAAAGGGUUCUGGUUUGGUUUUUUUAAAUAUAUAUAUAUAUAUAUAUAU